UUGACAUUGAAACUAACAAAAAGUCGUUAUAUAGAACUAUAGAAUCGCAGUCGGAGCGCAAUUCAGUUUCUGAAGCGAACGCAGGAGGAGAUACCAGACAAGAUGGCCACAGCACUGAAGUUCGCAGCAAACCUCAACUUUCUGUUCACCGAGCGGGCGGCGACGAUUGCGGAGCGGGUCCGGCUGGCCCACCAGAGCGGAUUCCGGGCCGUAGAGAUUCCCUAUCCGGAGGGCGAGACGGGCGCCGUAGUGGACGCCGUGCGGGAGACGGGUAUUGUGGUCAGCCUGGUGAACCUGGCCUUCGACAAGACGAGCGACCAGCUGCGCUUUGGCUCCACCAGUGUGCCAGGGGCCGAGGGCUUGUUCCGCAAGCAGCUAGAGAGCACCAUCGGUUUCGCCAAGCAGGUGAACUGCGGCAAGAUCCACCUAACCGCUGGCCUCUUGCCCCCUGGUGGGCGGGAGAGCGACUACACGGCGACGUACACGUCCAAUCUAAAGAUUGCUGCCGAUAGCCUGAAGGCGAGCGAGAUGAUUGGCGUGAUAGAGCCAAUUAACAAGUACGCCGUGCCCGGCUACUUCAUGAACUCGUACGCCAAGGCUGCCAACGUGCUGGGCGCUGUUGGUGCCGACAACCUGAAGCUGCUGGCCGACAUCUACCACCUGCAACACUUGCACGGUAAUGUCUCCAAGACGCUUGAGGAGUACAAGAGCCUUAUUGGCCACUUCCAGAUUGCCCAGGUGCCGCACCGUCACGAGCCGGACGUAGCCGGAGAGCUCGACUACGGCUAUGUGUUCAAGGCCCUCCAGGAGUUCGGUUACAGCGACUGGGUGGGAUGCGAGUACAAGCCCAAGACAACGACGACCGAGGGUCUUAGCUGGGUAGCAAGGCUGGGCUUUGCGCUGUGAUCUGAUCUUUACACUGAAUUAUUGCAUUUCACUUUAAAAAAAGUUGUAUAUACACGUUUUACAAACAUAAAGUUGGUUAAAUCUUA